AUGUACUGGCCCAUCGGAACUCCGCGCGUCCAUGCCACCAGCAGCAGCAGAGCCUCCGACGCCAACAUCUACGUCUCCUACGACGGCCUGCAGAGCCUCUCGGGCUCCUCUCUAGCGUCGCCCCAGCCCGAGGCCAGCGCCCAGGCGCCGCACGACGACUCCGACGAUGCGCAGCCUCCUCCGACGCCCAUCACGCCCGCAACGCCCGCCGUCAAGCCCGUUGAUCGCUACGAGUUCUUCCCGGACGGCGGCGCCGCUGCCAAGAGCCAGGCGGCAGACGACGGGAGGGUGCCCUUGAAGGACCCGGUCCUUGCGCUGCGCAUUGCCCGCACCGGGCAGAUGUUUGCCGUCAUCACGGCGACGUCAAUUACUCUCUGGCAGACAAAGCCUGCAGUUGUCCUUGCUCUCAUCGUUCGGUCCGACUCGUCCCUCGAAUCUUACGGCACCAACGUCGAUCUGCUCCUGCGUCCCGAUUCCGCCAUUCUCGUGGUACACACCUCCAAGGGUUACCUCAUCACCUACUCAAUCGCAUCCGACAGCGAGUCAAGAGUCUACAAACCGCACUUUCCCAACUACCACAACGUGCAGAGGAGAAAACAGAGUCUCAUUGGUCCGCAAUCCCAUCUGCGACCCGAUCAGAUUCUCUGGGGUCCCGGCGAAGGAGGCGGCGUUCGCGAUGUCAGUGUGCGCUUCCGCAUGGUGAUCAAGGUCGACGCCGGCAUAGAGAGUGCUCUCGCCCUUGACGACGAGCUGGUUGUUGCGACGAGGAAGCCUGCUGCGGUGCAGUGCAUCCGCUGGACCCCCGACAGCAACGGAAACCAGACACGGACGGAGAUUCUGAGUCGCAUGGGCUGGGUUGAGAAGAAGGCGUCCAUUGUGGAAAUGACCCACGACCGGCCGAUGAAUCUGGCCACCUGGAUCACAAGCGACGGGCGGGCAUAUGCCGUUCAGCGCCAGCAACGCAAGAAUGGCACCGAGGAGGAGUCCGACGGCGCCGAAUCGAAGCGGCUCUUCAAGGGACACUGCUUCCACAUCCCUCAGGACUCAAGAGGAAAGGCUGUGCGCGCCGUCAUCAACGCCCGAUUCUCGCUCAUUGCCGUCGGCUGCUCGGACGGCGUGAUCCAUGUUUACUCUGUCAGGGACUACGAGGGCAACAUUGUGCAUUCUCACUCCCACCGCAUGCCCUUUUCAGCGGCAACGACGGGCUCCUUUACGACUCUGACGUACUCGCCCGACGGAUACUGUCUCUUUGCGGGAUUCGAAAAGGGCUGGUCAACAUGGAGCAUGUUUGGGAAGCUGGGGAGCAACAGCUUUGGAGCAGAACCCAGCAUCUCGGCCCUCAAUGGCGAGCAGUGGCUUUUGGGAGUGAGGGGCGCCGUCUGGUCCGGCGGCGGCUCCGAGAUUCUCCUGAUAGGGCACAAGCACGAAGCAAUAUGGUCGCUUGAGAUGGCCAAGAAUGCCAUUACGGGCUGCUACAACGAGGCAAAUGUCUUCCGCACAGUUCUACAGACACCAACGAGCGUCAUGAUAUACCGGGGCUAUGAUCUGCCCGACUUGACGAGUAUAUCGGCCGAGCCAUUCUUGUGGCACACUUCCCGGAUCCCGUCAUCAUACCUGCUGAAUCAGUGGCCCAUCCGCCAGACGGUUAUUUCACCAGACGGACGCUACGUUGCCGUCGCCGGCCGCCGGGGAUUGGCUCAUUACAGCGUCAACAGCGGGCGCUGGAAGACGUUUACCGACGAGGUCAUGGAGAACUCCUUCUCGGUCCGGGGAGGCAUGUGCUGGUAUCAGCAUAUCCUGGUUGCGGCGGUGGAAGACAGCCGGACGUUUGAGCUGCGGCUCUACUCCCGCGAGUCGGCGUUGGACAACUCGCAUGUGCUGCACACGGAGCGUCUGCCCGCCCCCGUCGUUUUGGUCACGGCCUCUGGCGAGGAUUCCCUGCUCGUCUAUACUUACGAGAACCUCCUGUACCACUACAUCUUCGUGCCAACCGCUAGCUCGGUCCGUCUCAUCCAGGUAGGCCAGAUUGCGUUCCACGGAAUCGUGAGAUCCCCCGCCAGAGUCCGAGGACUCAGCUGGAUCUUGCCGGACAGCCAGCUGAGCGACGGCGACCCUUCCCAGGACGUGGCCGUUGCGUCUGUGCUCUUCCUCGUCGACGGCAAGCUGGUGUUGCUGAGCCCGUCUCUCAACGACGAGGGUCAGUUGAAGUAUGAUAUGCGCAUCAUUGCGCAAAACGUAGAGUACCAUGUGAGCAUGCGAGACCAGCCCCCUCUCAACGUCAGCCACUCCCCCGAAGAGACUCAAGUGCGGUAUGGACCGCCGGCUCUCCGCGACUCCCUGUGGCUGUUUGACGGGAUGGAGAUUAAGGCGUGGACCGAUAUCCACGACCUGUUGACGGCAGCAAACGGAGAUGGUGGCACGAGAGAGCUGCCAACGCCGGUCUCGGUAGACGUUGACUUUUACCCCUUGUCUAUCCUCCUUGAAAAAGGCAUUGUUCUUGGCGUUGAGUCGGACUUGGUGCAGCGACGCGAUGUGAGCUUUUCCUUUUUCCACUUCGCAAUCAGGACGCACCUCGUUCUGCCGGAUGUGCUACGGUUCUACCUUGUCAACAACAUGACGGUGGAGGCAGCGAAUCUCUCCCAGCAAUACGAAGGACUGGAAUACUUUGCUCAUGGACUCGAAGUGCUCCUUCAUCGUGUGCUGGACGAGGAAGCAGACACAUCGCCGAAGCCGGAAGACGCUGUCCUGCCGCGUGUCUUGUCUCUGCUGUCAUCUUCUAAGGAGUAUCUUGACAUUGUGUUGCAGUGCACGAGAAAGACGGAAGUCCGGCAGUGGAAGACGCUGUUUGCCUAUCUCCCUCCAGCGCAGGAGCUGUUUGAGGAGUCGUUGCAACGAGGCUCGCUCAAGACGGCGGGCGGGUAUCUCAUCAUUUUGCAUACACUAGAUGAGCUGGAUGCUUCCCUGGAACAGUCGGUUCGGGUUCUCUCAAGAGCAAUCAGAGAAGGCGACUGGGAGCUAUGCAAAGAACUCGCCAGGUUUCUGGCAGCCAUGGACGAGACGGGAGAGAUUCUCAAAGAAGCGCUGAAGAUGGCCAACGUGGGCUUGACGCAGGUGUCUAGCCAAGAUAACAUUUCCAGCAGGCUCGAGCUUCCUGUGACGGGGCUGGGGUUCAUUACCAACGGGCGAAACAAGAACGGAAGUGAUGACGGGACGGGAUCCGACGUGCGGUCUCACAGCGAUGCCAGCAGUAUGGGCUCGACGGUAAGCCCCCUGGACGGAUGA